AUGACUAGAAGUCACUUCCCGCUCUCCCCUCUCCGGGCCUCACUCGGUCUUCUCCUCCUCGUGUCCCUUGCACGAGGUCUAGACAUACAGGUUGGCUCUCAGAACACCGAUGACGCCUCACUAGCUCCUGGGACCUCCCAGUACUCUUCCUUCAACUGCUCAUUCGCAUCGACUUGCUACUUCAGCUCUGCCGCAGUCGCUGCUCUGCUAUCCAUCCCGCAGGACGUGCAGUUCCAAGUCGACGGGAGCAUUUUGAUCACUCAGAAUCUGUCAUGGAGCACUUCAGCUCAGCUGCAACUGACGGCUUCCUCCAUCGUCAUCAGCGACGUGCUCUCAGGACGAGGCACGCUGCUGAUGCAGACACAGGAUGUGCAGCUGACUGGCACAGGAUUUCUUGCGUUCAGCGGGGCGAAGGUUCAGAUUCAGUACCCGAUCACCACCGACUAUUUGUGUGUAUCUCAAGUCAACAACCCAGCCUGUCUCCUCAACUUGCAGAAGUCGAUCUUCGAGCUGGUGGAGGCAACAACCUUCACCGUGUACAGCAUGGGCUCGGCGAACUCGCAGCUGUACAUAGGGAACAUGAACUUCUCUGGGGUGAGACUGAAGAUCAGCACCAUAGAGAUGAAAUCAGACUUCAAGCUGCAAGCCCUCGACGUCUUUGACCUCCCCACCAACUUGACGUUGACCGCCGCCCAGACCCUGACGAUGCAGCAGAGCCUUCGCUGCUCAGGGGACUUGCUCCUGGGGCCGGGGGUAGACUCGACGUUCAACGGGGAGUUCAUGGAGGCGAAGACUCUUACGAUCGCGACAGCCGUGACGUUGGUCGUCCCUUCCCUCACAGCACGCUUCUCUGUCUCCGGCCUCUUCCAGCUCAGCUCCGCCAUGACAGGCGCAGGUCACGAGGUCAACAUAGCAGCAGCUGACAUGCAGAUAUCAGUGAAAAAGGAUGACGGAGGAAGGAUUCGUCUGGGGCUGCUCGGCUCCUACGCUGGCGACCUUCUCCUCUCCAACAGCGAGCUCAGCCUUUUGAACUGCAACCUCUUGGUGUUGCAGGGUCAGCACGGAGGGAUCUUGGUGCAAGGAACGUCGAGCUCAGCAUUCGCCAACAUACUCACUGCUCUGCUCAUCGCCAACGGGCAGGGUGGAGGAAGAGACAUCCGAGUGUACGGGCCUCAGUCAAGCUCCUUCCUCUCCUUGACACUCGUGUCCACGGGCACCAUCGCAUUCUAUGCCGGGUUAACUACAACGCCGCCUACUCUUCUUCCCCUCUGUUGUCUUUCUGCGAUCUCUUCGCACCUGCUGAUCGUCUGCUCUAGUCUGAACAUCACAAGCUCGGGCUAUGUGUACCUCGCCAGCACCAUCUCAUCGCAGAAGAAAGUUGAAAUCGUCUGCUCGGGUUCAGGGAUCUUCUGCUACUAUGACGCCUCCAUCACCGCUGACGAGGUUCUUCACCUGGCUGCCGACCUGACCGUCAAGCGCGAGCAAGUCACCGUCGUCCUCAACGCUGACUCGGACGUGGGCGGCACGGGAAGUUUUCAGCUCGACUCGGGCUACAGCGUGUCGAUCCUCGGAACAAUCACCGCAGGGAUGAGCUCGAUCUCGAUGCGAAGCACGCAGAAGCGGAUCUGCCUGGGGAAUCAACGGGUUGACAACACGGUGUCAAACAUCGCCGGCUGUCAGAGUGACGCGUACUUCCUGGAGACUUUGACGCUGGACCAUAUCUCCUUCCAGAACGAGAUCGCGUUCCUAGCAGCGCAGUCCAUCUACGUGGGCGACCUCAACAGAAGCUCAGCUGGGGCUUCCUUCCGCUUCGAGAGUGACAGUCUCAUUGAGUUCAACUCAGAUCAAGUAGUUCUACCGCAAGACUUGACGGCUCUGGCGGCCGGAGGAAUCUCUUUCCUUGUUCCUGUGGUCUCGGCAGGUGACAUCCUUGUGGAUGCCGACAACAACAACGAUGGAGUGGGCGAGCUUGUAGUGCAGGCUUUGCUUCAAGCAGGAGGAGCCGCCAGCCUGACAGCCGCGAGCUUCUCAGUGGACCCUCCAGCUUUUUUCUCAGCUCGUGACAUCACGAUUACUCCCAAGGCGUACGCGUCAACAGCCGUCAGGUUGGGGGCAGGAGGAGGAGGACUCAACUUCUCCUCCAGCUUCCUUGCGAGCAUCUCCUGCCCCGGCAACCUGACCAUCGGAGGGGAGACGGCGGCUGGGGAGAUGGUGGUGGAGAACGUCAGCCUCACGCGCGUUGGAUCGCUAGUGCUCAACGUGCAGCAACCAGGAGGUGGCGGCAUGCUCUACCUCUCCGGCCCUCUCUCGCUGUCUGCUCGCCUCUUCCUCUCCGCUGGAGCUCUCAUUCGCUGCUCCCCCUCCCUCCUCCUCCUCCUCAUGCACGCAGAUGCGCUCCUCGUCAGCGCGAGCGUCCAGCUGUCUGGGACGUGGUCUGCUCCUGAGAGUCGAGUGGAAGUGGUGGCAGAGGCAGAGGAAGUGACUGCAGAGGAGAGCAGCAUGGAGUGCAAGAGCAUUAAGCUCACGGCCCCUCGCAGGAUCUCUGUGCUGACGAGCUCACUCACUGUCGAGGAGGAGGCGGUAGGGGUCAGCUCCUCGGGUUUCAUAGCGGUGCAAGGAAACAUCACCGUGACAGCAGGGGACAUUCGCUUCAACUCCUCCGAUUUUCACCUCGACGGCUCCCUCGCAACGCCAGCAGGAAGCAUCUUCUUUAACGCGGGAGGAAGGGAAGUGCAGAUGGGAAUGGACUCGGUCGAUGGCGCGGGAGGCUGGUGGACCAAUCAAAGUUUCUCGCUUUCACUGCUUGAGCUCGCGAGCAUGCGGUGCAGCAUCGAGCUCCGCGUCUCUACCUCUUCUCAUAUGCUCGUCGGUUCCCUCCCCAGCAGCCAGCUCUCUCUCUUUGCUGAGCUUCUCAACGUGACUCGCAGCCUCGACUGGUCCAGCUCGCUUCUCCUCUCCCCUCAGAGUCUCCUUGUCAUCCUCGGCAACGUCUCUCUCCUCACCGGCGGGUCUCUCCUGCUCACAGCUUCUUCCAUCCGAGUGGGGCAGGAGGUAGACAUCCACGCACAGGGAAGCAUGUACAUCUCCUGCAGCACGACCAGCCUCCUCCUGCCAAACGUCUCGUUCGCCUCCGAAGGCGACCUUCUCCUCAACUGCUCGCUCGCACAGCAGGGCAAGGGGCUCUCCUUCCUCGCAGGCAUCAACCGGACCCUUCAGCUCGAGCCAUCCCGCGUCCUCUCGACCGCCGAGCAAGAGUCCGGCGAGGCCCUGCUCAUCCGCGCCGAUCGCUUCCUCCUGCGCGGAGACAUCCGAGCCAACCAGGGGGACGUGCUCUUCACGAGCAGGAGCGACCAGUUUGACAGCAGCUGCACUCGCAUCGCCAACUCGUUCCUCGACUCCUUCCUCGGUCGCGAGCAUCUCCUCGCCUCCUCCAGCGGCCGCGUUUGGGUCGAGCCGUCGCGUCCUCUCCUCCAGGAGUGGCGCCCUCAAGUGCUCGACCCGCGAGGAGGAAGCGUGCUCACCCUCGUUGGCCGCUACUUCGGGGAGCCUCUGGCGGCGCUCAAGGUGACGGUCGGAGGUCGCGGAUGCCCGCAGCAGGACCUGGACGUGGCGUCGUCGGUGACCUUCAGCUGGUUCCUCAACACCUCCAGCAGGGUCCCGCGAGUCUUCACUUCCUUCCUCCUCACCUGUCGGGCGCCUGCUGGGACAGGAGCAGGACUCGAGCUCGUCGCCUUCGCCUUCUGCAUGCCUUCGCGUCAUAUCCGCAGCUUGCGGUAUCAGCCUCCCCUCCUCCUGGCUGCCUGCGAAGCUCCUGCCGCCUCCUGCCCUCCACCUUCCGCUGUCAGUCUCCGGGCGAGGACCAGCCGUGCCCUCCAGCUGCUCGGCGAGAACUUCGGGGUGACGCCGAGUAACAUUCGCGUGCUCCUGCAGCCUCUCGCUCCUUCCGGUGCCCUCGCAGCUCCUCGCGCUGGCUCAGAGGUACGAUGGAUCUCCGACAGUUCCGUCAGCUCGUCGCUUCCCCCUCUCCUCCACGACGACGCUGUCCUUCUCUCCGUCGAUGUGAACGGGCAGGUCGCCCACCUCCUCGAGCCCGUCAAGGUGGUCGGGGCCGCCAGGUACCCAUGGGACUGCGAAGGCACGCGGACAUGCGGGGGAAAGGGGAAGGAGGGAAUCUGCCAGGCAGCUGCAUGCCUGACGUGCUGCGAGAGGAGCUGCCAGUCUCAGUGGAUCGCGGACGUGGCAGCGAGGGAGGAGGGCUUGAGGGUAGACGACGUCAUGCCCGACCCGACGGCUGUAUGCUCGCGACUUUGCUGGACCUACUGUGAGGACAUGACCUGA